AUGAAUGAUGAAAGAGCCAGUUCUCCGGUCAACCUGAAUGAUCUUUUUGACUACGAUGUUGGUCUGGAUGAGAUCUUUCAAGAUAACCACGCAUCGAACGGCAACGAAGCCAAACCCUCCGGAGAUCCCUCCUCUCUCGGUCUGGGACUUGACGACGAGGUCAAAGUCUCAAAGAAAAGACAGCCAGUAGCGAAGCUGGACGAGGGCCGUCUACUUUCACAGUCAGGCAUUUCCAAAUUACGACGCACCGCGAGGCGGAAACUCAAAUUCAAGGGCAAAGGACAUGAGUUCUCGGAUGCGGCACGCCUUUUGAACUUCUACCAACUAUGGCUCGACGAAUUAUUUCCACGCGCAAAAUUCGCAGAUGGCUUGGCGAUGAUUGAGAAACUGGGUCAUUCCAAACGCAUUCAGACCAUGAGACGAGAAUGGAUUGAGGAAGAGAAGCCGAAGCCAUUCGGUGAUCACGAGGUCUCUAGACAUAUCGCAGACACCAUUGACCUUCCAACAAGACUUUCCUCUGAUCAAAUAGGCGCAGCGGCGACAGGCCCCAAGGAAACGUUCGGCUCGAAGCCCUGGAAAACUGUGUCGGCGACUGCGGACCCGGAACUGUUUAUCUCAGACCCCACGGGCGAGAGCCGAUCAUUAGCCAGCUAUCCGGAGCCGGACGAUGAUGACCUGGAGGAUCUUCUCAGAGAACAGGACCAGAUCAUGCCCGGAAUGUCUGAACCAACGUCGCGGCCAGCAAAUAACAACCACGAUGACUUUGAUGCCGAAUAUGAAGCCAUGAACGAAAUGGGGCUGUAA